GCAGCAAUUCCAAAUAGUGUUAUAUAUAGAAAUCAGAUCCGUCAUUGUUUGCAAGCCUGCUAAAUAAAACUGGCAUGCUGGAAUGGUAUGCCACUUGACCUCUCCGGCUCCACAGCAGUAUUUAACUGGUGCAAAAGGAGCACUCUUGCAAGUGUUUCCUAUUUACAUGACUGAUUCUCCUGCUAGUUCACACAAUGUUCAAACGGAACAAGUCUUUGGAACACAAGAGGGAAUUAUUAUUCCCGGGAGUUCCACAGUCCACAAUGAAGAACAAUAUGAGAAAUUUUCACUCUUUGUCGCAACUUGUACUCUCUGCAGGCCCACUGAAGCCAACCCCAGCGGUCAAGCACUCAAAAGCUAUUCACUUUGAGAUAGAAAUACUGGAUGCCCAAACAAGAAACCAGAUAUGUAUUGUGGAUAAGGUCUCACAAACAUCUACUAUUCAUGAUGUUAAACGAAAAUUUCACAAAGCAUGUCCAAAGUGGUACCCCUCUCGAGUUGGCCUACAACUAGAAUGCGGUGGCCCUUUUUUGAAGGAUUACAUCACCAUUCAAACUGUUGCAGCUUCCUCAAUUGUUACACUGUAUUUUACAGACCUUGGUCAACAAGUCAGUUGGACCAUGGUCUUUUUGGCAGAAUACUCAGGACCCCUGUUAAUAUACCUCUUAUUUUAUUUGAGGAUCUCUUAUAUAUAUGAUGUGAAAGAGAGUUCGAGAAGAUUACGUCACCCAGUGGUACACCUGGCUUGUGUCUGCCACUGCAUCCACUACAUCCGAUAUCUUUUGGAAACUUUAUUUGUUCACAAAGUUUCUCCAGGACACACCCCUUUGAAAAACUUGAUAAAGGGUUGUGCCUUUUAUUGGGGAUUCACUUCUUGGAUUGCCUAUUAUAUUAAUCACCCACAGUAUACACCACCAUCAUUUGGAAACAGACAAGUCACAAUAUCUGCUAUCAAUUUCCUGAUUUGUGAAACUGGAAAUCAUUUCAUCAAUACAAUAUUGGCACACCCAAGUCACACAGGAAAUAAUGCCUGUUUUCCAAGUCCAAAUUAUAACCCCUUCACAUGGAUGUUUUUCCUGGUUUCAUGUCCUAACUACACCUAUGAGAUUGGAUCAUGGAUUAGUUUCACAGUCAUGACUCAAACACUUCCAGUUGGAAUUUUCACAUUCUUAAUGAGUAUCCAGAUGACUUUGUGGGCACAAAAGAAGCAUAAGAUUUAUCUGAAGAAAUUUAACUCAUAUAUACAUAGGAAAUCAGCAAUAAUUCCAUUCAUAUUGUAAAAAGAACUUUUUUUUUUUUUUUUAAAGACUCAUUAUGUAGCCCCGGCUAACCUGGAAUACAAAGUUUAGAACAGGUAGACUGCAAACUCACAGAGAUUCUCCUGCCUUUGCCUACUGAGUGCUGGGAUUAGAACUGUGUGUCACUGUGUCUGACUAAAGUAUAACUAUUCUCAUCUCACCAAGAAGGAUAAUGUAUAAAUUUAUUCAAAAAUACUCAGGAAAAGAUGAUUCAAUAUUAAGAUGCAGCAAUUAAUUAACAACAUUAUUUUGAAUGAUGAAAUAAGUGGUGGUGGAAUGUAGCCAAAUUUCCUUUAUAAAAUAGAUCAAUGCAAAACAGGAGUUAUGCUGGGCAGAGUGACUCAUGCCUGAAUAAUAGCUGACUGAAAGCUGAAGCAGAAGGAUUACCAUGAAUGUGGUACCAUACUAGGCUAAUGAAUGUGGAUCCAUAUU